AUGUCUUCCCCGAAAUCCCGUGCUCAGUCUUCCUCUGUUCCAGCUCUUCCAGACUAUGUUACUGGGGCUGGAAUCGAUAGUCAUGCGAUAGAGGUUAGGAGCAAGCUCCAUCCUUUUGCCCAGAAAAACCUGGAUGAAAAUGUCCUCCAUUUAUUUGAAAACACCUUGGUGCUGGGGCCUCACUGGUUUGGCCCCGUUCCUCCCGAGAUGGCGGAGUUGAUGAAGAAGGAUGCUGAGGCCCCGCUAUGUUUCGAGAGCUCUUCUGCCCUGGCUUCUCAUUCUUGGGUCAGCAAGAAUUUGAGUCGUUCGUUCCCAUCCAGUGAGGUGAGAAAUAGUCCAAUCAAGUGGGCUGAUUGGAUUGACAGACUUCUUCCUCGAUUUGGGGCUCACUGGAAGCGGGCUGGAAUCCAUGACGCCAUUCUCCUAUCCAGGCAAUCUAUCAACAGGGAUGAGAAUCUGCUUGCUGCUGCUUUGUGCUUCUGGAACUCUGCCAGUAACACUUUUGAUUUCCGUAUAGGCCCCAUGGCUCCCACUCUGCUGGAUAUGGCCCAGAUUUUUGGUUUUAGGCCUCACGGAAGACCUGUUGAUGCCAUUGGUGAUUAUCACAGGAAGAAGGACCAGCAGAAGCUAGCCAAGCCAUUCACUAUUUCCCCAGCCUUGAUCAACCAGAAUUGCUCCUUCUCCAACUAUCUUAGAAAAUUUAGUGCUGAGAAGGACAAAGAUCAGCAGCAUAUGUUGUUUCUCCUGUAUUGGCUGAACAGGUUUAUUCUGCCCAAUCGUUCUUCUGCAGUUCUGCUUGAGUACAGACAUCUGGCAGAAGCUCUGCAUAAUCACACUGAUGUUGGCCUUGGACCUACAGUUCUGGCCCAUCUGUUCAAGAACCUGCAUACCGCUACUCUGGAGUAUCCGCUGAAUCUGUCUGCUCCUGGUGCCUUCUGGAUGAUUCAGAUCUGGCUGCAGGUCUAUUUUCCUGAGUUAAGGUAUCCAGACAUAGUUCUGCCUGAGAACCAAGUUCUGGCUCAACCGUUGCUGUCAGCAGAAGUCCCCAAGCGGUCAAUUGGUGAAUACCUGAUGAUGUUCAGGCAUUGCACCAAGAGGUCUGCAGCGCAGUGGCAGAUGGUGAUUAGGAGGACCUAUCCUUGGUUUCAGCCUGGACAUCGUCUGUUUGAGAAAGAGCCAAAAGAAGAAUCCGCCAGAACUGAUUUUAGGAAGAAGUUCUUGAGUGUGACCUUACCCAGGGAUCUGCCUCAUGGAGGGGGAAAGCCUCCAAAUUAUCAUUUGGGGGCGGAAGUCUACCAUCCCAACUUCUGUGCAAGGCAGCUUGGCUGUCCUCAGCUCAUACCCCUCAAGUCAUACAGAAGCUGCAAUCGGGGUUCUGUGGAGUUUGAUGCUUGGUGGAAAGCCAGAUUCCGUGAUCUGCCUGCUUCUAGCACCGCACUUCAAGUCCUUUUUAAAGGCUGGGACAAUUGGAAUGUCCAUUCAGACGACGAGACUCACAGAUUCAUGGUGCAGACCAUCAAAGACAUCAACAUGCAAAUUAUAGAAGAUCCUUCUCUGACAAAGAAUAUAGGCAGUCAACCAGCCCGAAGCGGAGAGGUGUUUGUCAAUUCUGUCAUUGCUGCUGGAGAUCUGGAGUUGCCCUCCGGGGAUGGAGAGGAGGAAGAAGAAGAGGGAGAUCAGGCAGAACAGACUCCUGUUGAGGCCACUUCUCCCGUCAGAAGGAAAAGAAAAGAAACUGCCCAGUCUGCGGCUCCAGUUGGAGGUCCCUCUCCUCCUCUUACUAAGUCAAAAAGACUUAGAAAGAAGAUUGCAGAAGAAUACGUGGCCCCGGAGGGAACUGGGGCAGUUCCUACCACCACUUCCGGCACGGAUGAUGAUCUGAGAGAGGCUUUCGAAGCUGUGGAGCAAGAAAGGGAGCUGGAAGAGCUGGAAAAGGUAGGAGAGGAGCCCCAGGAGAAGGCCAAGUCAGUGGAGGAGGAGGAGGAAAUUCCUGCUGAGGUGAUAGCGGAGAGCAUUGCCUUGGCUCGGAAGCAGCAGGAAGAUAUAGGGGCAGGGCUGACCAACUCAGAGAGGCAGAAACAUUCCACUGCCGCUCCAGCAGCUGAGGACCAAGUGGAACAAUCCGGAUCGGAGCCUGGGGAUCAGGCAGAACAAGUGGUUCCUACUCCUGAAAUUGUAGCAGGAGUGGCUGCUGUCGUUCCUGGGUUUGUGGUGAGUUCUGUCCUUAUUCUGUCGUUUCUCAUUUCGUUCUGUCCCUUGGUCCCUUCUGACCCUCGAAUCUUUACAGGUGGAAGCACAAAGAACUGCUGGGACUUUGGCGGUGAGGACCACCCCCUUACAGCCUCGAUUGUUGCAAUGCCUAUUCAUUCUCUUGCAGGUUCAUCUGCCACGACUUCUUUUGCUGACCCGGAGCUGGCAGAAUUUGAAGCCAGGGACCUAGAUGCCCAGCUGGAUAGGUUGGAAAAACUCAGCUCUCCUGUUGGUAAGACAAAGUCCAGGGCAGUGGAAGAAGCAAUGGAGAGACUGAAGAUCUGGCAGUCUGCUGAAUUGGAGCUGGAUGAGGAUAGAGAGGCCUUUGAUCAGUUGAUGAAGGAUCUGGAUUUGCUGCAUAGACAGAACAUGGCCCCAAGACCCAUUCUUGAGAUGAGUCUUGUCUUGGCAAGGGACGUGCUCAACCUUCACGAUCGUUAUGAAGACCUGAAGCCUACCUUCGAAACCUCUGAGUUCUGCAAGGCCACUCAUGAAGCCAACUUGGCUGAUUUUGCAAAGCAGAAGGCAGAACUGGACCAGAUGGUUGCGGGGUAUAAAGAAGCCAAAGCUGCUGGGGAUAAAUUGGAAAAAGAGAUUGCAGAACUUCAAAAGCAGCUGGCAGAGCGUCGGGAAGUGCAGCACAGGCUCGGGGCUGGAUUGAGUUCUAAGACCAAGGCUACUUUCCUUGUGCAGAACAUGGUUGCAGCUUCUAGGCCUGCCCUGGAGAUUGCAGAAGCUUCAAUUCAUCAGGGUGUGCUGCUCCAAAAGGAACUUUCUACCAAGAAGACUAACCUGCAGGAGACUCUUAGAAAACUAGGAUUUUAA